AAAUACCCAAAAAACAAUAACACAAGGAGAAUCGACUGCCGUGCUGCUGGGGCGAGAGCGUCUCUUGGGCAACGGCUCCCUUGCCGGGAGGUUGGUUGUAGUUGAAGUGAGAAGGGAGAUUGAAAGAAUGGCGAACUACCGAACCUUUCACUCCCAGCUCUCCAGUAUCAUGGAGACGCUGACUCGAGCGGCAGUAGCCGAGAUCUGCGAGCUUGUGGAUGAUGGUUACGCCGUGUUACACCUCGAGAUCUCACGGCACCAGAAGGAGAACGAGGAUCUACGGCAGAAACUGCAGCUGAUUGAGAGCAUCAUUGCCCGUGGAGCCGUGACCGACAGGACCAUCUCCGGCCGUGAAUCUCGGCUGAUGCGCGAAGCAGCCCGGGGGAAAACGGUUAUGGUGAUGGAAGAAUCAUGUUCGGGGUCACGUGGGUUCGACGAGAGCCAACCAAUCGCCGUAGAGAUCAAACAGGAGCAACCGGAAGCAGGGGAAACAGGAGAUGACGAGAGGGAUGGCGCGGACAUGCUUUCCCAUGAUUCCUUGGGAGAGGGAGAGGAGGUGGAGGAGAUCCCCACGGAGCAUGAGGAGGACAACGGCAGCGGAAGCAGCAGCAGCAACCCACACACUCGCACACAUGCUCUCUUCCACCCGGAUCCCACCGACGCAACUCAUACGCCACACUCCCUCUCACUUUCACAGCACACACAGCGCUCCCUGUCACACGGUACGGGGGACUCCGAGCUGGGCCAUGCUAUACUGUUGGAAAGUGACGAUGAGAACACACACGCUGACCUCACCCUCGACUCGAUACACACGGACUCCGACACACACACUCACUCGGACGCCUUCUCCGAUACCGCGCAGGGACCCACGGACACAGCCGGCCCGCACUCGCACACUCACGCUGACCCGCUGGCCCUCGACGCACAUGGGGACGUAGACACAGCCGACACGCACGCAGCGGGCGUGGGGGGUUUCAUGGAUCGUGCGUGUGUGAAGCCGGAAGUGGGAGUUGGCGUGACAAUGGGCGUGACGGAGUUGCUGUCGGAGUGGCGCACGCGCGGCGCGCACACACACGGCCACCACAGCGCGCUGUCGCACGUCCACACACACGGCUUCCCACACACACUAACCAGCAGCCUCCGCUCCGGCAGUCCCUCCUCCUCAGCCUCGGCCGUGUCCUCUCUCUUCGGCGCUGGCGUUGGGUUGCUUUCACACACAUUUCGCUCUCACGGACAUGCUCACACACACGGACACGGACAGGGACACAAGCGUAGCUUCAUCUGUGCGUUCUGCGGUAAGAGUUUCACCACGUCUCAGUCGCUGGACACACACACGCGCAUUCACACAGGGGAGAGGCCGUUUCGAUGCGCCCAGUGCGGAAAGCGAUUCACGCAGUCGGGUCACCUGACGGCUCACCAGACCGUUCACACAGGAGAGAGACCUCAUCCAUGUACAUAUUGCUCCAAGCGCUUCGCAGGGAAACAGUAUCUACGCAUUCACAUGAGGAAACAUCAUCCAGACCAACAACACCCGGAUCAGCAACAACAAGGAUAAUCUUCAAAAUAGAUAGUUAAAACACACACACACGGGAAAGACUGCGUCCCUGCACUUACUGCUCAAAACGCUUUGCUGGGAAACAAUAAAUAUUUAUGUAAACAUAUGAGAAAACGCCACCCGGACCAACAGCAGCAAGGAUAAGGUUGAAGACACACACACACACAUACACAUACACACACGCGCACAUACACACACACACACA